AUGGUCUUAUUGCUGAUCGACGUUUGCCAUGGAUCUACUCAGCUAUUUGUGUCGGCGGACAGAAGGAUGACUGUUGGUGCACUUCUCGAAUACUUGGUCCACGAAUACCCGACUAGAGUGCCUUCAGGAGGAACACUAUUCUUUUACGAGGAAGAAAUGCGACCCCAUAUGGAACUACGACAUUAUAGCAGAGCGAAGAACAUAAACCUUCGACUAGAACAUGCAAUCGUGAUCGGGAGAAAUGUUAUGCUCGCAGGC